AGGUCCCUGCCAGACCGGGGCUGCGGGCAGAUGAGCUCCAGAUUUUGUGGUGGCCAGGCGGAAGGAGUGUCAUCUGUCAUCGCAGCGAUUCCCAGGGUGCAAUACUGGAGGGCAGCCUGGAAGAAGAGGACAGCAAAGUGAUGCAUGCGGUGGCAACGUCUGGGACCAACGUCUCCUGGUGGGCUCUGGCCAAUGAAUCUGGCUGCCCUGGCUGUGGCACCAAUGCCUCAGGCGGCCCGGCCCUCAUGCCAUGGCCCGUGGAUGCCUGGCUCGUGCCACUCUUCUUUGGCGCGCUGAUGCUGCUCGGCCUGGCAGGGAACUCACUUGUCAUCUUCGUCAUCUGUCGCCACAAGCAGAUGCGGACGGUGACCAACUUCUACAUCGCCAACCUGGCAGCCACGGAUUUGACGUUUCUGCUGUGCUGCGUGCCCUUUACUGCUCUACUCUACCCCCUACCAGCCUGGGUGCUGGGCGACUUCAUGUGCAAGUUCCUCAACUACAUCCAGCAGGUCUCAGUGCAGGCCACAUGCGCCACCCUGACCGCCAUGAGUGUGGACCGCUGGUAUGUGACUGUGUUUCCGCUGCGCGCCCUGCACCGCCGCACUCCACGACUGGCGCUGGCCAUCAGCCUUAGCAUCUGGGUGGGCUCGGCGGCCGUAUCCGCGCCGGUGCUAGCCCUACACCGCCUCUCGCCCGGACCGCGCACCUACUGCAGCGAGGCCUUCCCCAGCCGCGCCCUCGAGCGCGCCUUCGCUCUCUACAACCUGCUGGCGCUCUACCUGCUGCCGCUGGUCGCCACCUGUGCCUGCUACGGGGCCAUGCUUCGCCACCUGGGCCGGGCGGCCGCGCGCCCGGCGCCUACGGACGGCUCCCUGCAGGGGCAGCUGCUGGCAGAGCGAGCAGGCGCUGUGCGGGCCAAGGUCUCUCGGCUGGUGGCGGCUGUGGUCCUGCUCUUUGCCGCCUGCUGGGGCCCCAUCCAGCUGUUCCUGGUGCUGCAGGCGCUUGGCCCCGCGGGCGCCUGGCAUCCGCGCAGCUACGCAGCUUACGCGCUCAAGAUCUGGGCGCACUGCAUGUCCUACAGCAACUCGGCGCUGAACCCGCUGCUCUACGCCUUCCUGGGCUCCCACUUUCGUCAGGCCUUCCGCCGCGUCUGCCCCUGCGCUUCCCGGCGUCCCAGGCGUCGCCGGUGGUCUGGACCCUCGGACCCAGCCACCCCGCAAGCCGAGCUGCACCGCCUGGCCGCCCACCCGGCUCCCGCCAGGACCCCGAAGCCAGGCAGCGGCGGCGGGCCCGGGCAGCGCACGCUGAGCAUCCUUCGAGAACACGCUGCUCAUCUCUGAGCCCUCUCCUUCCUGGAGCCGGCACUGCUUGAAAAGCAGCUGUUAUUAUUACUAACGGCUGGUGUUUGUUUUCUCCAAGAUAAAAAUAGUGAAAAUGA